AAACGAACUGGGAAUCGUUCUAAAUUCCACCUUUUCAAUAAAUGAUCACGCUAUACUUGUAGAUAACUAGUUGAAAUUGCAAUGGAGGUGAAGCUUAGUGUACGUCAUAUUAAAAGUGGAAAAUCAUUAGCAGAUUUGACUGGUUUCAAAGCAUCAAGUACAAUAAAAGAUGUCAAAUUAUGGUAUCAUCAGUUGAAUCCUAAACUUGAUAUUAACAGAAUAUCAUUUAGGGUUGAACCAAGGGGUAAAACAUUAAAAGAUGAUCAAACACUAUUGUCAACAGGAAUAGCCUUUAAAGGAGAAAUAUACUUUAAAGAUUUAGGCCCACAAAUAGGAUGGACAACUGUGUUUUUAACAGAGUAUGCCGGACCAUUAGUUGUAUAUUUAUUAUUUUAUAUUAGACCGUCCAUUGUUUAUGGAGCAGCUGCUGCUAAUCUACCUUAUGCCAAAGUUGUGAAUAUUGCUGCUAUUUGCUGGACUGCACAUUAUGCUAAGAGAUUGUUUGAAACUGUAUUUAUUCAUAGAUUUUCAAAUGCUACCAUGCCUAUAAUGAAUAUAUUCAAAAAUUCCAUUUAUUAUUGGGGAUUUGCUGCCUUCGUUUCAUAUUUUAUCAAUCAUCCUCUGUAUACUGUACCUAUGUAUGGAGAUAAACAAAUCUAUGGUGGGUUGGCUUUGUUUAUAUUUGCUGAACUAGGUAACCUAUCAGUCCACGUUGCUUUACGCAAUUUAAGACCAGCAGGUUCUCGAGUAAGAAAGAUACCAUUUCCAACUAUUAAUCCCUUUACAUGGUUGUUUUAUCUAACAUCUUGUCCUAAUUAUACCUAUGAAGUAAUGGCGUGGGUUGGUUUUAGUGUUAUGGCACAGAGUGUUCCAGCUGCCAUGUUCACCCUGGCUGGAUUUUAUCAGAUGGCAGUAUGGGCCAAGGGUAAACACAGAAAUUAUGUCAGUGAAUUCCGAGAUUACCCUAGAAUUAGAACACCUAUCAUUCCUUUCUUGUUAUAGUUGUACUUUAUUUUAAUCUGGCAGCACUGAAACUAAUUCUUCAUAUUUCUGGUACACAUGUUAAGUUGUUUAUCAAUUAAUUUUAAAAUUUGGCUUUGGAACUAUCAUUUAAAUCAUGAUCUCAAGUGAAAGUGAUUUAUUUUAUUUUGGUCAGUUCCCUUUCAUUCGAUAAUGAACCAAUUGAACGAUUAAAGAACUGAAUAUGCAAAAAUAAUGAUCUUGUUCAAAAGCAUGUGUUAUAAUUCAGGUUAUGUUAUAUGUAUUUUAGUUCUGUUAAGAUUAUAUUCUAUGUAGUGGAAUGAUGUAGGUAAAUAUCAUGCAUUUAAACUAUAUCAUGAUUUUUAGUUGUGAAGUUUGUAUUUUUAUAAAUAUAACACAUACAUCAAC